AUAUUUUCUUUACGUGACAAUUUGGGGAGAGCUUUUGCAGAGCAUGUUUCUAUGAAAAUUAUAGCCUAUUUAGUCUCAAUUUCUCCACCUUUAAAUAACUAAAAUUAUCCAUGAAGGGCUUUAUUGACUGCCACUGUCACAUCUCUGCAGGAGAUUUCGACAAUGACAUAGAAGAUGUGAUUGAGAAUUCUAAAAAGGCUGGGCUUUUAGCACUACUAGCAGUAGCAGAACAUGUCGGAGAGUUUGAAAAGAUUAUUCAGCUGUCACAGAGGUUCCCAGGCUUUAUUUUCCCUUGUUUAGGAGUCCAUCCUAUACAGGGUACAGCUCCUGAGCCACAGAGAGGAGCCUUACUCCAGGAUUUAGAUGCUGCUUUGCCCCUGAUAGAGAAAUAUAAAGACCAUCUUGUUGCUAUUGGGGAGGUAGGCUUGGAUUUCACCCCCAGAUUUGUCAGUGGUGACGCAGACAAAGACAGUCAAAGACAGGUGCUUAUUCGGCAGGCAGAGAUUGCAAAACAACUGGACCUUCCGCUAAAUGUCCAUUCAAGAUCUGCAGGCAGACCUACUAUACACCUGCUAAAGGAACAAGGUGUUGAGAAAGCUCUUCUUCAUGCUUUUGAUGGGAAACCCUCAGUUGCCAUGGAGGGAGUGAAGGCUGGGUAUUACUUCUCCAUUCCUCCAUCUAUAGUAAGAAGUGAACAGAAGCAGAAGCUAGUGAAACAGCUGCCGUUGGAGAGCAUGUGUCUAGAAACCGAUUCACCUGCCUUGGGUCCAGAGAAACAGGUGAGAAAUGAGCCAAAGAAUAUCUCUGUCUGCGCUGAGUACAUCAGUAAGAUCAAAGGGGUUCCCUUGGAAACGGUGAUGGAGGUGACGACACAGAAUGCCCUGCGCCUGUUCCCUAGGCUCAAGACAUUACUCAGAGCCUGAACAACCAAGUCCGGGUUUCAAUCCAAGGCAUGUUAUAUAGCAGUGCAUGGCUCUUGACCUUUUUAAAGGUAAUUUACGCUUGAGGGAAAGGGAAAGGGGGACACUUAGUCAGUUGUACAA